AACUCUCGAUAAAACCUUCAUCUCAGUAUCCAUCUGCUAUCGAUCCUUUGAUUACCAUGUCAUCUCGCUCUCUCGCUUCUCGAAAUCUCAAUUUCCUCUUCCAUAGACCCAGAGUGAUUUCAAAUGAGUUCACAACUCCUCCGUUUCAAGCCCUUUACUCCACUCACAUUGUCGGUGAUAAACCAAUUCUUGUCAGAGAUUUCAUUCAUUCAGCAUUAUAUCAUCCAAAACAUGGCUACUUCUCGCAAAGAUCGAGGUCUGUUGGAGUUCUAGAGAGAAGCAUUAAGUUCAAUCAGCUUGAAGGCAGAAAAGCUUAUAUCAAUCACUUGGAUAAAGUCUACAAGCAAAGUGAUACAUCAUGGUUUACUCCAGUUGAGCUUUUUAAGCCUUGGUAUGCCCAUGGUAUUGCUGAAGCCAUAAUGCGAACGGCUAACCUUUCAGUUCCACUAAAAAUAUAUGAAAUUGGUGGUGGAUCUGGAACUUGUGCAAAGGGCAUAAUGGAUUACAUAAUGUUGAAUGCACCUGCAAGAGUGUACAACAGUUUGACUUACACCUCAGUGGAAAUCAGUCCAUCACUUGCUGAAAUACAAAAAGAAACUGUUGGAGAAGUUCGUAGUCACUUGUCAAAGUUUAAAGUAGAAUGCCGUGAUGCUGCUGACCGGAGUGGAUGGAGGGAUGUGGAGCAACAGCCUUGCUGGGUAAUCAUGCUUGAGGUUCUUGAUAAUCUUCCACAUGACCUUAUCUAUUCUGAAAAUCAAGUUUUGCCAUGGAAGGAAGUAUGGGUUGAGAAGCAACAAGAUAGGAAAACACUCUCAGAGCUGUACAAGCCACUACAGGACCCAUUGAUCAAGCGUUGUGUUGAGGUUAUGGAAUUGGACAGUAAUCAAUCUGUAUCAAAAGUAAGCAGCAUUUGGUCUAAGGUGUUUCCAAAACCCCGAAGAUGUUGGUUACCAACUGGCUGCUUGAAAUUGCUAGAGGUGUUACACGAUGCGUUACCAAAGAUGUCACUGAUUGCUUCAGACUUUAGCUACCUACCUGAUGUAAGCAUACCAGGUGAAAGGGCCCCUUUGGUUUCAACCAAGAAAGAUGGCCGCAGUUCUGAUUACAAAAGCUAUCUGGAAGCAAAGGGUGAUGCCGAUAUUUUUUUCCCCACUGAUUUUUCGCUGUUGGAGCGUAUGGACCAUUACUGUUCUGGUUGGCUGAAACCGCAUCAAAAUAAAUCAUCAAAGCAAGGGAAGAAGAGGCGGACGCUUGUACUCGACACGUCAUCAUUCAUGGAAGAGUUUGGUCUGCCCUCCAAGACAAGGACCAAGGAUGGAUACAACCCACUUCUAGAUGACUUCAAGAAUACUAAAUUUUAUCUUAGUGUUCCAACGCAUAAUAUCAAGUAGAGAAGCGGUGAAAAAGGAAGAGUGAGACAAUCAGCAAUAUAAAUCCCUUGGCUGAUUUCAAAGGAAGCAUUAGGUUGACUUCUUCGAGGCGCUAAUAUACUCUGGAUCAGAUCAUCUAAAGAAAAAUGGCUAUAUAAAUCAAGUGAUACAAUAUACAAGUUGUCUGGAGCCAUAUUGCUUUGUUAUCUAGCUUUUCUACAGGAUUAUUCAAAAGCAAUGCAGCUAAGUUGGUUCUUACAUUUCACAUUUCUCCGAUGAGGAAACAUUUUCUAUGGUGGAGGGCAACUCUGGAUGCUCUGAAGAUCAGGAAUAUCUUCUUAUUUUGAUUCUUUUCUGCCGUCUCCAGUUUACUACCUAUUUCCAUUUAAAAAAUAUAUUUAUAGUUUUCACAGGACAAGAAUAAAUGUGUGAAGAUUUUGCUGUUAGGAUUCUCCUUCUCUCUACUCUUUUCUAUACUACUGGAUACAUUUAUGAUGUGAAAACAAUUCCCUAAAAUAAAUAACAUGCAAGUCCAUAAGUUUUA